UUAAUUUUGUGUUUCAUGGAUAGAAAUAGAUCAACAGACAACGCAGCACAUGAUUCAUCCAAUUAAUAAGGAAUAUGGACCUACUUUUUACCAGAUGAUCAUUGUUUAACAAUAGUUAACCUUCAAUAAUGUUAUUGUUGAUAUGUUGAUGUAUUUCACGCUAUCAGGGAUUAUAAAUCUAUGAUGUAGUUGAAAAUACAUGGUUUUUGCUAUUUGGCAAUGUGUUUUAACUUACAUUGAUUUAUACAAACAUGGACACACAAUCACUACCAUCCACGUCUUCCAGAGAUCCUUUAUUCGAAAAUGAACGUGAUGAGAGGACAGUACCACCCCCCAAAGUAAAGAGAUUCACGAAUGUUAUGUCCAUUAACAAUGCAGAAAGUGAAGAGGAUAUCCAUGAGAUUUUUGUUAAUGCCCAAGAAGAUUGUCCCAUCAUAUCCUCAGUACGUAGAAGGGUCGAAACUAGUAAAGAAAAAGUACAAACUGGAUCUCUGAAUGUUUUAUCAGCCAAGUAUGAGAGUUUAGACUAUGACACCUGUGAAAACCACCUGCUUUUAGAUGAAGAAAGAAAAAAGGGUUACAAAUUUAUAGUGCAAAAAAGUAUAUCAAGAUGGUUUAUAUUUUUAUUGAUAGGAAUGUGCACAGCCCUAAUAGCGUGUGUCAUAGAUAUAUCCAUAGAAGAAUUAUCAAUCAUUAAAUAUGCGUCUUUAAGUAAAAGUGUCGAUCAAUACGUCACCGAAGGUGAACUAUACAAACCCUACGGGCUAUGGAUUCUCUACAAUAUUGUGCCUGUCUUGAUAGGCUCGAUUUUGGUAGCCUACGGAGAACCCAUAGCUGCUGGCAGUGGGAUACCACAAGUGAAGUGCUACCUGAACGGUGUGAUGGUGCCUAGAGUGGUAAGGGUGAAGACUUUAGUGGUAAAAAGUAUCGGCGUUAUAUGUUCUGUCGUUGGAGGACUAGCUGGAGGAAAGGAAGGCCCAAUGAUCCAUUCCGGUGCUGUGGUAGCUGCUGGUAUCUCUCAGGGAAAAACGAGUACCUUUAAUAAAGACUUCAAAGUCUUUAAAUACUUUCGAGAGGACCACGAAAAAAGAGAUUUCGUAUCUGGCGGAGCAGCUGCUGGGGUAUCAGCUGCCUUCGGAGCUCCAGUCGGUGGAGUAUUAUUUAGUUUGGAAGAAGGUACCAGUUUUUGGAACCAAAGUUUGACGUGGAGAACCUUCUUCGCAUCGGUCGUUUCCACGUUUACCCUCAAUGUGGUCCUUUCGGCCUACCAUGGAGUGCCAGGCAAUUUCAACUAUCCGGGAUUGUUAAAUUUAGGAAAGUUUGAGGCGUUUAGUUACGAAUAUUAUGAACUGCCUAUCUUUUUGAUCAUGGGCUCCAUGGGUGGCUUAUUCGGGGCCUUAUGGAAUCAUAUCAACUAUAAAAUUACUGUUUUUAGAAUGAGAUAUAUUCGUCCUAGAUGGUUAAAAGUCAUCGAAGCUUGCAUUGUGGCUGCUGUUAGUGCUACUGUCGGAUUUUUAAUGAUGUUCACGAUAAACGACUGCAAACCUUUGGGAUCGGAUCCCACGAAAUAUCCCACACAGCUAUACUGUCUAGAUGGUCAAUACAACGUCCUGGCUAGUAUUUGGUUCCAAACACCGGAGGCAUCCGUUCGGUCUUUAUUCCACGAUCCGCCAAAUACACAUAAUGCAAUUUCGCUAGCCUCAUUUGUAAUCGUAUACUUUUUUCUCGCCUGCUGGACGUUCGGGUUGUCUACUUCCAACGGGCUCUUUAUUCCGACCCUACUUACUGGAGCAGCAUGGGGGAGGUUGGUUUCUAUUGGAAUCUUCUAUGUAUUUCCGAAAGUAGACAUCAUUCAUCCAGGAAAAUAUGCCUUAAUCGGCGCCGCAGCUCAAUUGGGCGGAGUGGUGCGAAUGACUAUCAGCUUGACUGUGAUAAUAAUGGAGACCACCGGAAAUAUUUCUUUUGCUCUUCCACUUAUUAUCACUCUCAUUGCUGCUAAAUGGACAGGGGAUUUUUUCAAUGAGGGAAUUUACGACAUACUGAUCCAACUGUGGGGCAUUCCCCUUCUACCGUGGGAACCCCCGCCACUCGUUCAUAAUAUAUACGCCAGCGAAGUUAUGUCACAUCCAGUAGUAACAUUAAAAUGCGUCGAGAAUGUUGGACACGUCGUCGAAUUGUUAAAAUUAACCACUUAUAACGGGUUUCCUGUUGUGGAUCCACCUCUAACAGACCAGAACGAAGUAACCACCUACGGACGUAUAAGAGGGAUAAUUCUCAGGUCGCAGUUGGUGGUGAUCUUGCAGAAGAAAAUUUUUAACGAAACAGUUGAUGUUUGGUACAAUAUUAACCCGUCCUUGUUUCGAGAUUCUUAUCCGAGGUACCCAACCAUAGAGGAUUUACAACUAAGUGACGAAGAAAAAACGUGUUCGAUGGAUCUAAGGCCGUUUAUGAACCCAUCUCCUUACACAGUUUUACACUCUUCCUCGUUACCAAGGAUGUUCAGGCUGUUUAGAGGUCUUGGACUGCGCCAUUUGCCAAUCGUCAACGAUACAAAUGAGGUGGUUGGUAUGGUGACCAGGAAAGAUUUAGCUCGAUACCGGGUCUGGAGGCACAGGGGCCACAUGGGGGUAGAAGAAUUGUUUAUUUCCAAAGAAAUUUAGAUUUAAAGGAGUCAAGUCAGGCUGUUAUCGUAUGAAGUAUUAACAGAACAAUAGCAAAUUAUAUUUUUAUAUAAGAUAUAUCUAUUUUUACCUUUGCAACCAACAACUUUCCAAAGAAGUGACGGUCAGGUGUGCAUAGAUAGAAAAUCAUGUUUUUUAAAUUAUGGUGAUAGACUAUUUCGGUGAGAUUUAAACGAGAUGAACAGUUAAGUUCUUAUUUAAAAUAAGUAUGACAAUAUUUGGAUUAGCAUCAAUAUGGAUUUAAGUAAGUUUAUUUCAGUGAAAAGUCGUAAAACUAUUAUAUCGUGACAAUUUUGUUUAAUUUUACGCCUUUUUAAAUAUUGUUCUCUAAAGUGUCGAUAAAAUAAUACCAGACAAUAAAUUUAUACACAUUAUGUCAAUACGUACAAUAUUAAUGUUUGCACACGACUGACCAAUUUUACCAUAAUUGUUUCGUGGAUGUUUUUCACAGCUACUUCAUUAUUGACAAAUGUUUCUUUAUUUUGUUAGUAUAGUACGUCUUCUAAAAGUAUGUGAAAAUUAAAAAAGUGUUUCCUAUAUCUUGAGGUUCGGCGUUGGAUGUUUUUUGAUACGAGUUAUUAACUUUUCUUUUUUAUCUAAAUUUUCUUUAAAUACUUCUCUUUGUCUCCAAAUUUCCUCUUCGGUGACAACGUGACACAGUAGUGGAUCCAUCAGGACGUUGGCUCACUGAGGUGAUGUCCUAAUACAGUUAAGCCAGUUAAGAUAUGUAGAAAUGAAAAGGAACUU